AUGUCUCACCACUGUGUCAUCUCGUUCGGUGACAUAGAAGCAGUUAAGGGCGGCUACGGCAUUGGGAGCGACGGCAGCUCCGAGAGGUGCAGGGCCGGUGGGGACUCCGUCCUUAGUGACGACGGCGUUGAAUCCGGCGCCGGGGGCGGCAGUGUACUGCACGGUGCGGACGCUGCCGUCGGGCUCGACCAGGCUGUAGCUGCCCUCCACCACGUCGCCGCUGCGGCUCUCCUGCUGCUGCUUGGCGUCGCCGGUCAGGGCGUCGCUGACGCUGUAGCUGAAGCUGUACUGCGGGUUGGGGUCGUAGUAGGCGUCGACGGCUUCGGCAGCGGGCAGGCCCAGGCGGCCCAGGCGGCGGCUGCCGGCAAGCCGGUGGCGGCGGCCGGAAGACCGGCGGCUGCCAGUCUGGCGGCGGCAGCAGCGGCGGCGGCUCUGGCGGCGGGAGACAGCGCAGCGGCCGCGGCGGGCGCCAGGGCACCCGCGUAG